CGGCAGCAACCAUGCAUAAGCGCACAAAGAUAAAGAUUGCCAUCGUUGUGCUCCUGGUGGGUAUGGCCUGCCUGUUCACGGCGGUGGUGACGGACCACUGGGCCGUGCUCAGCCCGCCAGUGAAGCACCUCAACCAGACGUGCGAGGCGGCCCACUUUGGCCUGUGGAGGCUGUGCAAGAAGUACAUUUACAUCAGCACGGAGACCUACCAGGAGGGACACGGCUGCGGACCCAUCAGUCUACCCGGAGAGGAGAACUGUACGUACUUCAAGCACUUCACUCCGGGGGAGGAAGCUGAGAUAUUCGAGUAUAAAACACAAAAAGAGUAUAACAUCUCAGCAGCUGCAAUCUCCAUCUUCAGUCUGGUCUUUAUAAUAUUGGGAUCACUGUGUUUGGCUGGGUCAUGCACUGGUAAAGGCAAAGGACGGGACUACCUCCUCAAACCUGCUGGCAUGUUCUACGCAUUUGCAGGUCUCUGUGCCGUCAUCUCCGUGGAGGUGAUGCGUCAGUCAGUGAAGCGUAUGAUCGAUAGCAAGGAAACAAUCUGGAUCGAGUACUACUACGCCUGGUCCUUUAAGUGUGCCUGUUCUGCCUUCGUCCUCCUCUUCGUCACUGGCCUCGCCCUCCUGAUCCUUUCCAUGCCCCAGAUGCCGCGUAACCCAUGGGAGACCUGCAUGGAUGCGGAGCCCGAACAAAUAGAGUGA